UUUUUUUUUUUUUAACUUUUUCCACCUUUGAAAAAAAAAUGCACUACUGUGUGCUGAGCGCUUUUCUGCUCCUGCAUCUGGUCACGGCCGCGCUCAGCCUGUCUACCUGCAGCACGCUCGAUAUGGACCAGUUCAUGCGCAAGAGGAUCGAGGCGAUCCGCGGGCAGAUCCUGAGCAAGCUGAAGCUCACCAGCCCCCCAGAAGACUAUCCCGAGCCCGAGGAAGUCCCCCCGGAGGUGAUUUCCAUCUACAACAGCACCCGGGACUUGCUCCAGGAGAAGGCGAGCCGGAGGGCGGCCGCCUGCGAGCGCGAGAGGAGCGACGAGGAGUACUACGCCAAGGAGGUUUACAAAAUAGACAUGCCGCCCUUCUUCCCCUCGGAAACUGUCUGCCCAGUUGUUACAACACCCUCUGGCUCAGUGGGCAGCUUGUGUUCCAGACAUUCCCAGGUGCUCUGUGGGUACCUUGAUGCCAUCCCGCCCACUUUCUACAGACCUUACUUCAGAAUUGUCCGAUUUGACGUCUCAGCGAUGGAGAAGAAUGCAUCCAAUUUGGUGAAAGCGGAGUUCAGAGUCUUUCGUUUACAGAACCCGAAGGCCAGAGUGCCCGAACAAAGGAUCGAACUGUAUCAGAUUCUCAAAUCCAAAGACUUAACGUCUCCAACCCAGCGCUACAUUGACAGCAAAGUCGUGAAGACAAGGGCAGAAGGCGAAUGGCUUUCCUUCGAUGUAACUGACGCCGUUCAUGAAUGGCUCCACCAUAAAGACAGAAACCUGGGAUUUAAAAUAAGCUUACACUGUCCCUGCUGCACCUUUGUGCCAUCUAAUAAUUACAUCAUUCCCAAUAAAAGUGAAGAGCUAGAAGCAAGAUUUGCAGGUAUUGAUGGCACCUCCACAUAUACCAGUGGUGAUCAGAAAACUAUAAAGUCCACUAGGAAAAAAAACAGUGGAAAGACCCCACACCUCCUGCUAAUGUUGUUGCCCUCCUACAGACUUGAGUCACAACAGUCCAACCGGCGGAAGAAGCGUGCUUUGGAUGCAGCCUAUUGUUUUAGAAAUGUGCAGGAUAAUUGCUGCCUACGUCCACUUUAUAUUGAUUUCAAGAGGGAUCUUGGGUGGAAAUGGAUUCAUGAACCUAAAGGGUACAAUGCCAACUUCUGUGCUGGAGCUUGCCCGUAUUUAUGGAGUUCAGACACUCAGCACAGUAGGGUUCUCAGCUUAUAUAACACCAUAAAUCCAGAAGCAUCUGCUUCUCCUUGCUGUGUGUCCCAGGAUUUAGAACCGCUAACCAUUCUCUACUAUAUCGGCAAAACACCCAAGAUUGAACAGCUUUCAAAUAUGAUUGUAAAGUCUUGCAAAUGCAGCUAAGAUUCUUGGAGAAGUGGCAGGACGAUAAUCACAUGGUGGUGAUGAUGAUGAGGACGACAAGAACAAUGACAAUGUUUGUAACAAGAAAACGUAAGAGAGCCUUGCUUCAACAGUGUUAAAAACAUUUUGAAAAAAGCGGUACUAGUUCAAACACGUUGGAAGUUUGUGGUUGUGUUUGUUAAAAAUGGCAUCUGAAACAAAACAAAACAAAAAAUUGAAGGCUUUAUUCUACAUUUCAUCUACUCUGUAAGCGAGAGAGACAAGAAGCAAAACCUUUUUUUUUUUAAGACAAAAAUAAACACUGGAAGAAUUUGUUAGUGUUAAUUAUGUGAAAGGAACAACCAAACAAACAGGAAAAUCCCAUUAAGUGGAAUUGCUGUACAUACUUUUCCUAUCCCAUGCCUCACUUGAUUUUUCUGUAUUGCUAUGCAAUAGGGACCCUUCCCGUUCUUACCUUUAGAGUUAACGGUGAGUUAUUUAUUGUGUGUUACUAUAUAACGAACAUUUCAUUGCCCUUGGAAAAUAAAACAGGUGUAUAAAGUGGAGACCAAAUACUUUGCCAGAAACUCAUGGAUGGCUUAAGGAACUUGAACUCAAACGAGCCAGAAAAAAAGGGGUCAUAUUCACGGGAUGAAAACCCAAGCGAGUUAUUAUAUGACCAAGCCAGCCUGCAUUAAGAUAAAGACCCUGAAAGCACAUGCUAUGUACCAACUGCCUAAGGAAGCUUCUUGUAAGGUUCAAAACUGAAAAGCCUGUUAAUAAAGGAACUUUCAGUCAGAAUAAGUCUGGAAGAUUUUUUUUUCUUUUUAAUUGUAAAUGGUUCUUUGUCAGUUUAGUUAAACCAGUGAAAUGUUGAAAUGUUUUUGAUACGUACUGGUCAAACUUCGGACCUGAAAGUAUUGCCGUAUAGCUAUGCUAUUGGUUUUUUCCUUCGUUUCAGAUAUAUGUAACCAUACCUAUAUUAUUAUAAUAGAUGGGUAUAGAAGCCAGUAUAAUUGGAAACACAUCUGCAGAUCUCCUUUGCAAACUAUUAAAUCAAAACGUUAACUACUUUACAUGCAAUGUGUAAAUUUUUACCAUAUUUUUAAUGUUCUGUAAUAAUGUCAACUAUGAUUUAGAUUGGACUUAAAUUGGGGCUCUAUUUUUAAUGAUCGCUCAGAACUGUGUGUUUCCUUUAGCUGGCCAGUACUUUCGAGUAAAGCCCCUAUAGUUUGACUUGCACUACAAAUCUGUGUUUUAUAGUGUUUCCUCCACUGUGCUUUGUGCAUUGUCCAUUAUUAUGACAUAAGCUACCUGAGUCCACUUGUCCUGUAGAUUUUCUUUUAUAAAAAGGACAGAUUCAAGUUCAGUAGUCUUCCUCCGUCUUCUAAGCAUCCUUACUAAUCAGUUCAGAUGUUAACAGUCUUCUAUUUUAGGAAAAUUGGGGAAUAUUAUAGAUGUAUACAUAAUUGAGCUGAAAUAUUUUAGUUUUAGCAGAGGCCUAAGGAUCUGACUGUAACUCGGAAUCUUUGUGGCUGAGUUAAGAAAGGUUUCUGCAACUUGGCUUAAACAGUAUGCUCACCGAAUUCUAUUGUUAGUAGAGAUCAGACAGUUCGUAGGAAACAUCUUUUCCUUUAAUCAGGUUUUUAGUGUUCAGGGGGGAAAUGGAAAGAUUUACAUAUUUCUUGAUUUCUUUUUUUAAGGGAGAAAAAAAAAACGCCCUGGUCAGCCUAAGUCACUCAGUUUAUUUCACGGAAGUUAAGGUUUUCAUGUGUGUUCUUUGAGGGUUGUAAAGGUACAAGCCAAAUCCUCCCAUGAUCAAAAAGUCAUUUUUUUCUCUGAAUGAGACUUCUCUAGAUCUGAGGCGAGAAUUUACCUUGCUUUAAUAAAUGAAUGAUUUGCCACAUCGUUGCAGGGAAGGUACCCUUCCGCCAGGGUUUGUAGGAGAUGACAGUUUGCCAAUUGUCCCUUAUUCAACUGUCAGAUGAAAGUUAAUAGGUAAAACAAUGGAAUAUUUGCAGCGUCACCUAAAGGGCAGGAUGGCGAGGUGCGAAUCCAAGUGAAAUUGUCUGAUAACCUGUACUUCUAGAUGUUUGACUUUUCCUGGCCGUUCAUUAAAUGACAAAUUGGAUUCGCAAAUUUGAAAACUGGAAAAGCGAGAGGGGGGACGCCCUACUGGUGAACAAUCUUUGUGUUGGGGGUAACCCAAUCCCAGAAAUGAGUGUGUUGAUUUUUUUUCCUUCCGUUUUCGAUGAAUUCUAUGUAAAUCACUUUUAUUUCUGCAGGUGUUUUCCUCUCAGAUAGAAUGACGUUUGUUUUGUAUUAUUUUGUCUUUCCUCAUGAAUGCACUGAUAAUAUUUUAA